AAAAGAGUGUACGUGUGCGCUGCUGUGGGUUCCGCGUACGGCGAUUCAAUCCAUCUCGGUAGCCGCACACCAACACACCGUUGAACGAUACGCUGACAGGUAACUUGCAACCGAAAUCCAAUAUGAAGGCAACGCAAAGUGUCAUUUACGACAUCUUCCUCUAUGUAACACCUUCGGCUUUGGGACGGUUCCACUAAUGAGCGAUUUUCAUGAGUGCAGAGUUCGGUUUUCGUGUAUCACGCGCUGUUGUGCCCGUCGUUCUCGUCGUCGCUAAGUAAAAGGGUUCUCCCCUUUGCGGACGAAACGCGGUACGCGAGUGGGUGCUAUUUUUUUUUUUUUGCGGCGAAGAACUGCUCGGCCCGUCGACUGGCCCAGUACAUUGUAGAGUGCAUCGGUGCAGGGGCAGCAGCAGCAAGGGAAGCCGUUAUUCGUACGUAGUUUUGUGUGCGUCCGUCGUAGUUCGUGGGAGUAGCGAAGGUGAGCAGCAGGAAGUCCAGCACUGUCCAGGGUUUUGCUGAAAAACAAUAGACAUUCUGUGAUAAAGCAACCAGCUCUAGAGCGGAGACUGACGAAAGGAGUGUGUGUGUGUGUACGUGAAAGUGCGUGUGUGCGCGAGUAGGUGGCAGCUUUUGAGGAAGAACUCCAAUUCCAGUAACCCUCUCUCUCUCGUACCGUGCGUCUUUGAGCGUGUGCCUGAAGUGUUCCGUGUGAAUGUGUGUAUAUAGAUAAUUUAAUGUGUGUAUGUCGGGAAAACUAGCCAUUUCAUCGUAACAGCUUCCCCCUCCGGAAGCGCCGUCCCCUGCUGGGGAGGGUGGAAAAGCAGGCAGAACUAGGGACGAGUAGGUCGAACUGGAGAACCUGGUCCUGGACAUUGCCUUUUUUCCGGUUGGCGAACCCUAAUCCGCGGAAGGAACGGGUUUAGAUAUAAAUGUGUGUAUGGUGAUUUAGAGCAACCUCUAGGAAUGUCUGCCUGAUGAUGAUGCGUACGAACUAAUACUCCACCACUGGUAAAGCGAGUAGUCUCUUUGUUGCAUCGGGCAAACAUCGGGGAUUCGUAAAAGUUCAUCCAUAAAAAAGAGGAGAAGAAAAAACGAGUUUAAAAAAAAAGGAAGGUGAAAUCGCUUGUGUUAGCAACAAACUGCCAUUGUUGCUGUUGUUGGUGUUGACAACAGGCCACCAUCAUUCGUGAAUGACAGUUGCGAGAGUGAAAAACGCUGACAAAUAGUAAGCUGUCCCGAUUUCUCGUAUACAUCACUACACUUGUGCGUGCCUCUGUGUGUGCGGUUGUGUUAGAAAGGAUAAAGGAGUUUACGGAAACUGUAAAUUGCAGCCCGAAUCGAUUACAAAGAGACUUUGCACAGGAGGUACAAACGGAGUACGGAGUUUGUGUGUGUUGGUGUGUGUGUGUGGCUGGAGUACGCCACACAACAAGUAAACGCAUUGGGAGGGAGGCACAACAUGUCCGAUUCGGCCUCCGAUACGCUUGAGGGUUCAUCAUUCCAUUCCGUCAAGGGUGCACUGCUAAUGGACGACGUCGAGCUGUACGGUGCCAGUCGCCGUCUUCGUUCCCUCACACCGAACGCAAUCGGCAAGGCAGGCGGUGGAAAGAAAGACGCCACGGCUGCGGCGUACGGCGGUGGCGAGAUCGGCGGUGGCUCAUCGUACCAGCAACGCCGGGAAGCACUGUCACCGAUGGGUGGCGAUUCACCAGCGGCGGGCGAUGAGGCAGAGGGAGCAGCGAACACAUCCACAGCGGAGGGAGGAUCGAAUGAUCGGGACGGAACGCCACGGACCCGUUACACGGUUGCACAACUGUUGGCGCUGCGCGAUUCGAACCUUUCCAAGGCGCGUCCCCCGUGCAUGGAUGAUGCCAAGUCGGAAAAGCACCUGAAAAUGAUUUCGAUGCUGGUACGCCGCUCCGAAACACCGUACGACGAGGAUGGACCGAAUGGUGGACCCGGUGGCGGUAACGGUGGAUACGGCCGCAACCGAUCAUCGUACGGCAUUGGAGGUGGUGGCCCGUUGGGCGGCGGGCUUGGUGCAUCCGGUGGCGGUUCCGGCGGGCUAAUGUCGGGCAGCGGUAACGGCGGUCUCGGUCGUAACGAAAUGCGUCGUUCGGUCGGGGGAAGCGGUGGCGGUGUCGGUAUGGGAGGCGACCCAAAGGAAAGACUGCGCAAGGAGGAAGGCAUCGUGCUGUCGCCGCAGCGUCGCUCGUUUAAUAUGGGCUGUCAGAUGCCAUCCGCACCAUCAUCCUCAUCCGGUGCGGGCAAUCUGGGUUUAUCCGGAAGUUUGCUACGCUCCGAUCGUGAUAUGCUUGGGGGUGGUGGAGGUGGCGGGGGCGGUGGCGGCGGUGGCGGCGGCGGCCCCCGAGAACGUCGCAUCGGCAGCGGACGUAUUAUGACGCGCGACAGCAUGUGGGAGUAUCGCAUGGAGUCGGGAGAUUAUCGGCAAGGCGGUGGGGGUGGCAGCGGCGGCGUCGGUGGUAAUGCGACAUCAGCGUCCGGCGGAUUCCGCGAUCGGGAAACGAUGCGUGACGGGGGGAAGGAUGCGAAGGAGGGCCCACGGGGCGGCCGGAACAGUGAUGGGCGCAGUCUGCAGGAUAAAGACUAUCACGAGGAAGGACGCGGCGGCGGUGGGUACGAUAGGGAAUCGCGUGAACCACGCGAUCGACGGGACCGCUGGGACAAAGCGGAUAAUGGGCGAGGUCCGAUGCGUGGCUUUCACAAGGGCGGCGGAUCUUCAUCCGGCGGAGGAUACGGAGAUGGGCGCGGUGAUGGAUCGUAUUACGGCUACAACAACAGCUACGGAUCGGGCAAUUACGGAUCGAAUAGCAGUAACAGCAACAGUCACCAUCAUCAUCAUCACCAUCACGGUGGCGGUAGUAUGUCGUACAACGAUCGUAGACGGUACAACAGUGACAAUGGACGCGAUAACGAGGAACCGGAAUGGUUUAGCGAGCCGACAUCCCAGCACGACACGAUCGAACUGCGCGGUUUCGACGAAACCGUUUCCGAGCAUGGCAGCGAAUCGGCCGGCGAAACGAAUGCUAACGAUUCCGGUUCUUCCGAUCAUCAAGCGGAACAGCCACAGCAGCCAUCGGCUGAAGCGCAGCCAAUGAAUGACGAGGUUGAUGCCGAGGGCACCGAUGAAGCCCGGCUCUCUGGUAACCGAAACUGUGAGCAGGAUAUUCUGAAAAUGAUCGAAGGCGUGGAAGAUUCUGACCGACCGAAAGCGGGAGGAACCGCAGUGAACGAGAAUGGCAUUCGAAAGGGUGGUGAACGAGGCGCGUCAACGCCAUCGCAACCGUCGGCUGGCGAUGAACUGAUCAGCGACGAUAUGCGGCUGAUGGAGGAGCUUUGCGGCUUUCGCGAUCGGGUGCUGAACGAAUACAGUGCUAUGGACAUCCUGAAGAACACUUACUCCACCAUGAUGAUUGAUGUUGAUGGAGGUAGCCGAGAGUCGCGUUUUUCACAAUUUUUCCGCCAGGACAACGAUAAGGGAAACUCCUCCGAGACAAAAACUACGCGCAGCCGUCAAAAUUCGCUUCACGCAGAUAUUGACAAGAUAGUGAAGGAGAUAGCGACGCUCGAGGAGAGCACAAAUGCGUCCUCUGCUGCCUGUAACAAGUAUUUCGCACCCAUCUCACCGGCUGCCACAUCGAACUCGUCGCAGUCAUUCCUCGAGCUGUUUAAUCGUUCACCAGCGAUGAAAACCCAUGCACAGCUGGCGCAGCAGCAACGCCAGCAGCAGCAGCAGCAGCAGCAUGCCGCUAUGCAGCACUUCAAAACGAUGAUGACCGAUGCAGAGGCACAGCAGCAGCAGCAGCAGCAUCAUGCCGCUAUGCAGCACCUCAAAACGAUGAUAACCGAUGCUGAGGCACAGCAGCAGCAGCAGCAGCAGCAAAAGCAACAACUUCACCACGAACAUCAGCAGCAGCUGCAGAAUCGUAAUUUGCAGCAAAUGCUAGGUGUAACUGGUGGCAGUGCGUCCUCGUCUUCUGCUACACCGCCGGUCGGCGAGCGUAACGCCGCACCGGUACCGCUUCCAAUGCCCGGCUUAGGCUCGAUGCCCAGCCCAGCCAGCCACCUAGGGCAGGUGCACAGCGUGGAGGAGCUGGAGGCACGCUUCCGGCUGUCGGAUUUGGGCAGCGAUGCAACGAGCGCCGGUUCCGGUACCGGUGCCGUAAGCGGUCGGGCUUCCGUUGCGAACGAACCAUUCCCGGAACCGAUGGCGAUCGGUUCCAUACCGCGACUGAUUAUGCCGGGUAACGAUCCGGCCCUCGGAGUGAUGCAUUCGCAGCAAGCCGCCGCUGCCCAGGCUGCACCACAGCCAAUGGACAGUGGGGCGGUCCGGCAGCAGGAGUUGAUUGCAUUCAAGAAGUUACUCAAUCAGAUGAGUGAGAAUCAGAUGAAUGGUGUGAGUCCGACGGCCGCGCCACCAGCACCCCCACCCGCCGUGCAGCACCCUAAUCAUCCGGCGCAUCCGGCUCAUCCGGCGCACGCCGCCCAUAUGGCUGCCGUGGCACAGCAUCAGGGUGGACAGGGUCCGCAUCAGGGAUCGAACUCACUGCCAGCGAUGCUUCAGAUGAUGCAUAUGGCGCCGAUGCCGCAUCCAGGAACCGAUCAACGUCACGCCGAGCUGCUGAAGCGCCCGGAAACGCAAAGCCUGAUGAUGGCUGUGGCCCGGGGCGAAGUGACCCAGCACAGUCUCUGGCAACAGAUGGCCAACCCAGCGACGGCGCAAUCGCACCGCGAAAUCAUUUCCGCCGUACUGGGUGCCGUUAACGGUGGUUCGCGUGUCGUUUCGCCCAGUCUGCUCCUCAAUCCGAACAGUAUUCAACCGCCGAUGCCAAUACCGAUUCCACCGCCCCCAGCAGCUCCACCCGGUGCCAACGCCAACCUGCUGUUUCAUCCCAAGCAACAGGUGCGUCUUUCGCCGCUACCGAACGGGAUGCCGCAGCGCAUACCGUCUCCGCGCGAGCUGCAGUACCACACGCAGUCCAUCCUGCAGAACGCGCUCAUAAGAAAGAAGUUGGAGGAACAGCGUGAGAACUAUCGCAAAAGACAGGAGCAGCAGCAGCAGCAGCAGCAGCAGCAACAGCAGCAACAGCAGCAGCAGCAGCAACCGCCGCAGCAGCAGCAGCAACCAUCACAGCAACAGCAACCAACUGCACAGCAACCAUCAGCUCAACCGCAGACCCAACAGCAACAAUCACAGCAACCGGAACAAGUGGCGUCCCAGGAGAUGCAGAUGAAGCUGAAGGAGCAACCGCUAAAUCAUCCGAAUCCACCAUCGCAACCGAUGCAAAACUUCCCGCACCUUCCCCCACUGCCCCAGCCGGAACAGGAUCCAGCGAUGCAGCAUCAUCCAUCAGCCGCCGCGCCCGCAGAAUCAUCACCGGAGCAGCGCCAUCCGCAACAUUCCAACGUUGCUGAGCAGCAGCAGCAGCAGCAGCAGGCGCAACCUACACCAUCCCAGGGACAGCCAAUGUCCGGUGGAGGGCCGGCAAACGUGGUCGACACUGCUGCCCCAUCGUCCGUCCUGCUGAAGCCAGGUCCCGGCGGCCGUAUGAUCAACUGCUCCACAGCAAACUCGAUUUCGCCCUCGAAGCAAACGAUCCUGCAAUCGCAACAGGUUGCAUCGCCAACGCCGUUAGCAUUUACACCGACCUCGGUCCUGCGCAAGAUGACUGCCGCCCAGGACAAGGACCCGGACAGUGCGAUUCCGCAUCAUUUGCAGCAGCAGCAGCAGCAGCAGCAGCAGCAGCAAGCUCCUCCGUUACCCCAGCAGCAACUGUCACUUCCUGCUCAUCAGCAACUGAUGCUUAACGAACAGCAGCAGCAGCAGCAGCAGCAACAGCACAUGCCGCAUGUAGACAACGGUCGUAUGGGCGUAAGCAUGUCUGCGCUGCUGGAAAUGCAACAUCACCAGUACAUGAAGCAGCAGAUGCAUUUGCAGCAAAAACCCUUCCCGAUGCAUCCACAUCCCGGUCAGCAUCCCGUAAUGCAUCCGAUGCAACCGCCGCAGCCACCAGGCACGCAGCAACAGUCACAAUCGGGACCGUUCCCAACCGAAUCUCAACCACCGCAGGCGGAACAUCAGCAGCAGCAGCAGCAGCAGCGUAAUAUGCCCGGCCAACCGACACCGUUCGGGCCGCAAACUGCUGGGCCCCAUCCGCCGCCGCCGCUGAACAUGAUGCACCACCACCAUGCGCCGGGCGUCCCCGGUCAGAACCAUCUGCCGGUAGUGCCCGCGUUACUGAAUCCGAUGAACCCGAUCACGUCGAUCCCAUCGUCGGUGGUUGGUGCGAUGCGAAAUAUGCAACCGGCGAUGGCGAACAACAUUCCAUGGAAUAUGAAACAAUUGCAGCAGCAGCAGCAGCAGCAACAGCAGCAACCGAACAUUGCACAAGCGCAACCGUCACAGCCGACUGCUGGGCAGCAGCCACUGCUGCCACCGCAACUUGCCCAACAGCAGCAACAAAAUCAACCACCGCCGCAACAAUCCCAGCAGCAAGCGCCGACGCAGCAGCAGCACAUUGGUAUGCCGAAACCGCAGGGAAGACCUAUUUUGAAAGGAGGAAGUGGAAAUGGCGGACAGGUACCACCCCAACUACAACAGCAACAGCAACAGCAACAGCAGCAGCAACAGCAACAGCAACAGCAACAACAGCAGCAGCAGCAACAACAGCCACAGCCACAACAACAGCAAAUGCCGUUGCUACAUACAAUGCCCCAGCACGGUCUAUCUCCUAUGAACUUUGCCGGCAACAUGGAUUUCCCGCAGCAACCAUUUAGCAACAAUACCAACCGUAGCGGUAAUCCGAUACUUGGUGCGCAUCAUCCGAUCGCACAGGCACCACAACCGCAGCAGCAGCAGCAGCAGCAGCAGCCGCAACAACACUCGCCAAACAUCAUCAGUCCCCAUAUGCAGCAAUUGCUGCACCAGCAGCAGCGCCAUCAGCAACAGCAGCGUGCUAUCCGCAAUCAGCACGUGCAGCAGCAGCACAUGGCGAUGGCACCGCAGCAACCGUUCCGACUGCCUGGUGGCAUGGCCGUCGGUGGUGGCGGUAACGGUGGUGGACCCAACCAGCAAUCCCAACAGCAGAACGCACCCGCUCCGGCCGGCGGUGGCGUUAUCAACUACAACCGGGAUGGAGGGCUUUCCCCCACCAGCAACCAACUUGCCCGCUGGUUCUCGCCCGAACUGCUCGCACAAGCGUCCGCCGGUAAGCUACCGUCGCUUAACAUCGGGCAGGCGAUGAGCCUGGAAGAGUUCGAGCGCAACAUCCAACACUCAUCGACCACUGUACAUAACUAAGGUUGAGAGGGGUGGAUAGGGGUGGGUCAUGGGACGGUUUAGGGGGUUUCUUGAUUUGACAAAACCGGGCGAGGAGGAGGCUCUUGAUGCUAAGGCGCUCAUGGGCGACCAAAAUAUUUUUUUUUCUCUCUUUUACCACAUUUAUUUAUAUUAUUAUUAUGAUUAUUGUGUUUGCUGUGUAAGCUUAAUUUGUCUGAUUCGUUCAUCUCCUCCCCCGUAUGCGAUAUACGUGCUUGUGAUAAUAAGGUCACACGUACUCUAGUGCUUAGGUGGAAGAGGAGCUUCACAGUUGUAUUCCGUAAGGGGAAGUAAUCGCGUUGUGUCAGUAACGGACGGUAACGAAACAAGAGCAGCGAGUAGUGUUUAGUAGAGCUCCCCCCACCCCUUAGAGCUGCGGAUGGAAGGAUUCAACCUUUUUCGAACUUCAAGAAUCAACAUCCUGAGAGAAGAACGAUGAAAACCAGCCUCUCUAGAAUACAAUUUACAUAACAUACACACACACAAAGGCAACCUGUGUAUGUUGUGUGUGUGUGUGCAUUAGUAUCAUUAGUGAGAGACUUUUAAAAUUGACGCCAAAGGUGUGUUGGGCAACCUGAAGUAACUUCAAUCCCUCUAAAACAUCUCAUCGUGAAUAGCGGACACGGUACAUUGUGUUAGUCUCACUCAAUACUCAAUAAGAUUUGGAUGCUCUGUCGUCCAAUGCUGAUCAAUAUGUCUACGUGUGUGUGUGUGGGAACUACAAUGACAAAAUCGUUGGCGCUAUGCACUAUUGCCAGAACGGUAUGCCAGAUGCGUCCUCCAGAACAGAGCGGACGAACGACGCUCGGUCGACCGUCUCGUGAUGACCACACACCACAUCGCAAGGUGGCCUCUCGAGGGGUCAAGCUAUCUACAGAAUGGACGAACACAGCCCGUAAAGUCAUUUUAGUCCGUCCAAGAAGUGACAGAAGAACGGCAUCCUCGGUGAAGCGCUACAACAGCCUUGAUACCGGACUUGAUAAGGACCGGAACCCGGGGGAUGAUGCACCAGGUUUUGACGGACGACGGAGCCAUUUUGCAUGGCUAGCUUUACAUAUAGCUCCCUGCUCUUGAAGAUAAUAAUUUAAUUUGAUUAUUUUUGUAUAAUUUGAGCUUCUCUCCCUUUCCCCCUCGCUCCUGAACUUCAAACUACUUCUCUCAACCCCACACCACCACACCGCCAGUCCAUCGGGAAGAAUCCUUUUUGUUCCGCCGGCGCCCGGGCGAUUGGAAGUAUUUGAACAGAGUUUCAAAACAAAAACAAAAAAAAACGGUGUAGGUUAGGCAGUUUUUUUUGCACCUUCCACCUUCCGCGCCUAUUAUUGCGCGCCAAAUGGCUAAAUCUGUGGGAGCGUAGCUACUGUGUGUUCGUGUGUGCUCUGUGUGUAUAAUAAUAGUAAGGAAGGUUGAAGGAAAGCUCUGGGCGCGGGAGCAAAGUAAUAAACACAAGAUAAAACGAUAAAACCACACGUUAAUUAGACACGGCAGUAAGAACGAAGAAGAUGAAAUAGAAGAAGAAGAAGAAGAAGAAAAAGCUAGUAACUAAAUGAAUGCUCCUGACGCGCGAAAACAAAAAAAACCCCUCCCCCCCCCCCCGGACUACUACUAUUAAAGCAAGAGAGGGUGAUAAAAGAAAAAAAAAAACUAGAACCGUCGGCUAGGCUUAAGUGCAGUUCGAAACACGAAACAGCUGAUUAAAAUGUAUGAUUGUUACUCACAACAAAAAAGCAGAAAACAUAAUAAAAAAAAAAUCAUUGUAAAACGAUA